AUGGAUGAUCAUGAAACUUUUGGAGAAUUUAAUGCAAAACUGAUGGACAUUGUGAAUUCUAGCUUCAAUCUAGGUGAACCCAUCUCUAACUCUAAGGUGGUUAGAAAAAUUUUGAGAUCUCUUCCUGAGAGAUUUAGAGCUAAGGUCACAGCCAUUGAAGAGUCUAAGGAUGUGGAUUCCUUGAAGAUAGAUGAACUUGUAGGUUCCCUCCAAACCUUUGAGAUGACUCUUGUAUCACCUAGGAAAGUUAAGGGAAUUGCUUUAAAAGCUAUUAAAGAAGAGUCCCUAAGUUCCGAAAGUGAGGAUGAUGAGAAAAUGUCGGAGGGUGAGCUUAUUAAGUUUGCUAAAAAAUUCAAGAAGUACAUGAAAUUCAGAAAAGCCAAGAAAGAAUCAAAUGAUGGUAAAAAAUGGAGGAACUCAAUUGGAAAAGAGAAAAAUAUGGAGAAAGGUGUGAAAAAGGAGUUGAAAAUUGAGUGCUUUAAAUGUGGGGGAAAGGGUCACUAUGCAUUUGAAUGUCCCUCAAAGAAAAAAGACAAGAAGGCCAUGCAAGUUACUUGGAGUGACUCCGAGUCUAAUCAAUCAAGUGAAAAAGAAUCCAAUGGAAGUGAGGAAUGCACUAACUUCAUAGCCUUUGCUGCAAGUGUCAAUGAGGAACCUCUUUUAAAAGAAGCUUCAAGUGAGUCAAGUGAGUCAAGUGACUCCAAUGAUGAUGACAUGAGUUUUGACACAGCGUAUGAGACUUUGUAUAAGGAGUGUUUGAGCCUUAAACAAGAACAAGUCAAGUGGAAGGCUUCUAAGAAGAUUUUAACCAAUGAGGUUGAUGUUUUAAAGGGAGAAAAGAAAGCCUUGCUUGAUAAAAUUGCAUUUCUUGAAAAUGAACAUUUGGAAGUGAAGGAAAAAUGUGAUGUGUUGAAAAGUGAAAUUCAAAUGUUCAAGGAUGAGUUAAGUCUUAGGAAGGAAGAGUUACAUCCUAACUCUAAAAGACUUAAUGAGUUGAUUAAUUCAGGGCGUAAAUCUUUUGAUAAAAGAGGCUUAGGAUUUCUUGGUGAAAAUGCUACUCCAAGUAGUAGUAAAACGCCGGACGAGAGGAAACUUUCACGUCCGAUUUUGAAGGGGGGAGAUCCUAUAGGAUCCUAUCCCAAUUUUUCUUUUGCUAGGCCCAUAGAGAAAAAACCUACUUUCUUACGAUUACGAGGUUCAUUCGAAUAUGAAAUUCAAUCUUGGAAAUACAGCAUCCCACUUUUUUUUACUACCCAAGGUUUCGAUACAUUUCGAAAUCGAGAAAUCUCUACCGGAGCCGGUGCUAUACGAGAACAAUUAGACGAUCUGGAUUUGCGAAUUAUUAUAGAUUAUUCAUUGGUAGAAUGGAAAGAAUUAGGGGAAGAAGGGCCCACAGGUAAUGAAUGGGAAGAUCGAAAAAUUGGAAGAAGAAAGGAUUUUUUGGUUAGACGCAUGGAAUUAGCUAAGCAUUUUAUUCGAACAAAUAUAGAACCAGAAUGGAUGGUUUUGUGUCUAUUACCAGUUCUUCCUCCCGAGUUGAGACCGAUCAUUCAGAUAGAUGGGGGUAAACUAAUGAGCUCGGAUAUUAAUGAACUCUAUAGAAGAGUUAUCUAUCGGAACAAUACUCUUACCGAUCUAUUAACAACAAGUAGAUCUACACCAGGGGAAUUAGUAAUGUGUCAGGAGAAAUUGGUACAAGAAGCCGUGGAUACACUUCUUGAUAAUGGAAUCCGCGGACAACCAAUGAGGGACGGUCAUAAUAAGGUUUACAAGUCGUUUUCAGAUGUAAUUGAAGGCAAAGAAGGAAGAUUUCGUGAGACCCUGCUUGGCAAACGGGUCGAUUAUUCGGGGCGUUCCGUCAUUGUCGUAGGCCCUUCACUUUCAUUACAUCAAUGUGGAUUGCCUCGCGAAAUAGCAAUAGAACUUUUCCAGACAUUUUUAAUUCGCGGUCUAAUUAGACAACAUCUUGCUUCGAACAUAGGAGUUGCUAAGAGUCAAAUUCGAGAAAAAGAACCGAUUGUAUGGGAAAUACUUCAGGAAGUUAUGCGGGGGCAUCCUGUAUUGCUGAAUAGGGCACCUACUCUGCAUAGAUUAGGCAUACAGGCAUUCCAACCUAUUUUAGUGGAAGGACGUGCUAUUUGUUUACAUCCAUUAGUUCGUAAGGGAUUCAAUGCAGAUUUUGAUGGGGAUCAAAUGGCUGUUCAUGUACCUUUAUCUUUGGAGGCUCAAUCGGAGGCUCGCUUACUUAUGUUUUCUCAUAUGAAUCUCUUGUCUCCAGCCAUUGGGGAUCCCAUUUCCGUACCAACUCAAGAUAUGCUUAUUGGACUCUAUGUAUUAACGAGCGGGAAUCGUCGAGGUAUUUGUGCAAAUAGGUAUAAUCCAUGUAAUCGAAGAAACUAUCAAAAUGAAAGAAUUGACGAUAAUAACUAUAGGUAUACGAAAGAAAAAGAACCCUUUUUUUGUAAUUCCUAUGAUGCAAUUGGAGCUUAUCGGCAUAAAAGAAUUAAUUUAUAUAGUCCUUUGUGGCUCCGGUGGCAACUAGAUCAACGCCUUAUUGCUUCAAAAGAAGCUCCCAUCGAAGUUCACUAUGAAUCUUUGGGUACCUAUCAUGAGAUUUAUGGGCACUAUCUAAUAGUAAGAAGUGUAAAAAAAGAGAUUCCUUGUAUAUACAUUCGAACCACUGUUGGUCAUAUUUCUCUUUAUCGAGAAAUCGAAGAAGCCAUCCAAGGCUUUUGUCGGGCCUGCUCAUAUGAGACCUAAUCAUAUGAUACUUAGGCUAAGUAAUUAUAUGAUAUGAUACCGGUAUUAAUUCGGGUCUCUCCGGUUCAACUAGGAUCAUAGUUCUUGAAUUUCUACGCGAAGCAAGAUCGAGAAAAGGAAGUUUUACAACCACUGACUCAAACCCAUUGUCAAAUCCUACUCAGCGGAAUAUGGGGGUACUUAUGACAGAAAGGGCCAAUCUGGUCUUUCACAAUAAAGUGAUAGAUGGAACUGCCAUGAAACGAC